UAUUUAGUCCUCUGAUUUCAUACUGUGUGAAGUGUAUAUGUCAAAAGUAUAUUGUUUAUUUAUAAUAUAGAAGAAAUUUUUUAAAAUGUCUAUGCGUAUAUUAGUUGGUUGCAAAAGAGUUAUUGAUUAUGCAGUCAGGAUUCGAAUCAAACCAGAUAAAACUGGUGUUGUGACAGAAGGUGUGAAACACAGUUUAAAUCCUUUUGAUGAAAUAGCUGUUGAAGAAGCUGUGCGUAUGAAAGAAAAGAAACUAUGCAGUGAAAUUAUUGCAGUUUCUUGUGGGCCAACAACUUGCCAAGAAACUUUGCGAACAGCUCUUGCUAUGGGAGCUGAUAAAGGCAUCCAUAUUGAAGUAGAUGGAAAAGACUAUGAAACAUUGCAACCCCUUCAUGUAUCAAAGAUUCUUGCUGCUUUAGCACAACAAGAAAAAGUUGAUUUAAUUAUUUUGGGAAAACAAGCCAUUGAUGAUGAUGCUAAUCAAACAGCACAAAUGACUGCUGCAAUUUUAGAUUGGCCGCAGGCUACAUUUGCAUCCAAAAUUGAAAAGGAAAAUGGUAACUUAAAAGUGACUCGAGAAGUUGAUGGUGGAUUAGAAAAUAUUUCUGUGAAACUCCCAGCUGUUGUAAGUGCAGACUUGCGACUAAAUGAACCAAGAUAUGCUACUUUGCCUAAUAUUAUGAAAGCUAAGAAAAAACCCAUCACUGUGAAGAAGCCUUCUGAUUUAGGUGUUGAUGUUUCAUCUCGAAUUGAAGUAAUAAGUGUAGAAGAUCCACCCACUCGAGAAGCUGGUACUAAAGUAGAAUCUGUUGAUGAAUUACUUGAAAAAUUAAAAGCUCUAGGAAGAAUAUGAUUUAAUCAUAGAUGGACGAAAUUUUGUAAAUUACCAAGAAAUUAAAAAGAUGGAUGAAGGGAACUACCUUUGAUCUUCUACCAAUGAAAAAUUAUAAAGAAGUUAUACAGUAUGUUUGAUAAUAAGUUAAAAAUUAAUUCUAAUAAAAUGUGAAAUCUGU